AUGGUCAACUCUUUUGCUCUUUUGGCUCUCGCCAGCCCGGCUCUUGCUGGUGUCAUCGCUCGUGGUGAAGACUUGAUCCACCCUGCUUCUGCCAGCUCUGCUGUUUCCGUUGCUCCUGCUCCUGCUGCCGACAACUGGGGUGAAACCUGGUCUAAGACUGCUGAGCACGCUGAAACCUGGUCUACUCCUUGCACCACCAGCACCACUAGCACCAAGCCUACCACCACUAGCCAUGCUACCACCACCACCCCAGUGACCACUCACCACCAUGAGACCACUAGUACUCCGGUGACUACUCACCACCAUGAGACCACCAGCAGCGCGUCGACCAGCCCUUGCACCACCAAGAGCAAGGUCACUCCUCCUCCUGAGUCCAAGACCAAGACCAAGCCCGUGGAGACCAAGACUAAGCCCACUCCUCCUCCUGAGUCCAAGACCAAGACCAAGCCUGUGGAAACCAAGACCAAGCCCACCACUGAGUCUAAGGUCAAGACCAAGGCCACUUCUACCCCUUGCACCACCAAGAGCAAGGUCACUCCUCCUCCUGAGUCCAAGACCAAGACCAAGCCUGUGGAAACCAAGACCAAGCCCACCACUGAGUCUAAGGUCAAGACCAAGGCCACUUCUACCCCUUGCACCACCAAGAGCAAGGUCACUCCUCCUCCUGAGUCCAAGACCAAGACCAAGCCUGUAGAGAGCAAGACUAAGCCCACUCCUCCUGAGUCCAAGACUAAGACCAAGCCUAUCGAGUCCAAGACCAAGACCAAGCCCGUGGAGACCAAGACUAAGCCCACUCCUCCUCCUGAGUCCAAGACUAAGACCAAGCCUAUCGAGUCCAAGACCAAGGUCAAGCCCUCCUCUGAGGUCAAGACCCACACUGAGGUCAAGACUAAGCCAUCUCACACUGUUGUGAAGCCUGGCACCACCAGCGUGGUGACCUACGUGACCACUACGUGCCCUGUCACCUCCAUUGUUGUUACCUCUGGCAGCAAGACCUAUACUGUGCCCAUCACUGAGACCAGCACCAUCACUCUUACCAAGGCCACUUCCCUUAUCAAGGAGAAGCCAGUCACCGGUUUCAACACCACCGUCACUGCCACUCCGGGCCCCACUGCCCCAGUUGUCAUCCCCGGCACCACUCACAUUGUCCCCGGCACUACCAUCGUUAACCCCGGAUCUUCUGCUGUUGUUGUCCCCGGCACCACUGUUGUUGUCCCUGGUUCCACUGCCGUUGAGACUGAGCCUGCUGCCACUCACCCCGCCGAGACUGAGCCUGCUGCCACUCACCCCGCCGAGACUGAGCCUGCUUCUCCUGCUGAGACUAAGCCUGCCUCUCCUGCUGGUUCCUCCACUCCCGCUGGGUCCGAACCCGCCGGCUCUCACCCCGGUGAGUCCGAGCCUGCUUCUCCUGCUGGUUCUUCUACUCCCGCUGGGUCCGAACCCGCCGUCUCUCACCCCGGCUCGACCACAGGCUCCAGCACCUUCACUGGUGUUGCUUCUAACGUCAAGCCUGCCGUUGGUUUACUUGCUGCUGUUGUCGGCGCUUUUGCCCUUCUGUAA